AUGUCCGAUAGAACAAGUUUUUUAAUCGAACGCUAUCAAGCACAACAGCAAUUAAGCUUAGUAUCAGAUGGUUAUCAAAAAUUCGAUCGAUCAAGUGUAUGGUCAUCAGGGCCAAUUCGAAAUUCUGCAAUUCAUCCACAAUUCGGAUUUCAAACUUCCAGCACUCUGCAAACUACAGCUUCUUCGACAACGUCAUCUUCGACAACGUCAACGACAGAAACAACAUCUACAAGCACGACAACAUCUACAACGCCAGUAUGUGCCGUUCAAAUAUAUAACCAAAGUUUUACAGGCGGUGCUAUUGCAACAAGCCAAUGUACGGCAUGGAACACAUUUCGAACGUUGUUAGUUUGCCAAACUUAUUCAUUAUUAACAUUAAGUGGUUCACUGGAUACGACAGGCUUUAGUAUUAAUGACUCGGCGGUCGUUAAUAACAUUACAACAGCAUUAAGAACGAAUGUAACGUAUGGUCCGAUAACAUCGAAUGGUCACUCAUGGACGGUAUAUUUUUGUGCUGGUGGAAUAGAAUUUAGUGGAAAUGGUGAGUGUAACUGUGGAUCUACAUAUACUAUACGGCCGUGUAUAUCAACGAGUCAAUGGGGAGGAAUUAAUGACGGAACAAGUUGUACGGCAUCAAGCCAGACUAUGUCAGUAACAGUACAAUAG